UUAAUAACUCAAAUUAGCAGUCGAUUUCCAUACGGCAUGUGGCAUAUGGCGUAUGGGGGCUACAUGACACUGCGCUUGUUGCCUUGUUCCUCGUUUCGUUUCUCCAAAACCACAGCUCGUGUCCCAAUCUAUCAGCAACGAACCCAUCACAAACAAUUACAGACAGAUACUGCAGAUGCAUUAUUAUUGCAUAUAUAACUCAUCUGGCUUUUCAAUUCUCUCGUGAAUUCAUAAUUUUAAUAAGCAACCCUAACUAAUUCCUCUCCGUCGACGUGUGGUUAUGGCGGUUUCAGAGGAGGAAUCAUCGUCGGCGAGUCGGAACAACUCAAGAUCACCGUUGCCCCGCGGUGGCCCUCACUACCUCGCUAAAUGUGUUCUUAAAGGAAGCGUUGUCCUUCAAGUCGUCUACGGUCACAUCCGAUCCCCUUCCUCUAAAGACAUCGUUUUCGGCAAGGAAACAUCCUUAGAGCUGGUAGUAAUCGAUGAUUAUGGAGUCCUCCAGUCCAUAUGUGAGCAGCCUGUAUUUGGAACAAUUAAAGAUGUUGCUGUUCUUCCCUGGAAUAAGAGUUUUCAUAGAGCAAGUCCACAGGUACAAGGAAAAGACCUAUUGCUUGUUACUUCAGAUUCUGGAAAACUCUCAGUUCUCACAUUCUCAAAUGAAAUGCACAGGUUCUAUCCUUUGACACAAAUUCAACUAUCCAGCUCACCUGGAAACCUAAGGCAUCAUGUUGGAAGAAUGUUGACUGUUGAUUCCAAUGGCUGUUUCAUUGCUACAAGUGCAUAUGAGGACCGUUUGGCUUUGUUCUCAGUUUCUAGUUCAAGUGAUGCUGACAUCAUCGAUAAGAAAAUAUUUUGUCCUUCUGACACUGAAAUGAAUACAAGUACAAGCAUUGGAGUUCCUGGUAUACAUGGUACUAUAUGGAGCAUGUGCUUCAUCUCAAAAGAUUUGAGUCAAAGUCAACCGAGUAAAGAGCACAACCCUGUGUUAGCCAUUCUUUUAAACAGAAAGGGGUCACUACUGAAUGAGGUUUUGUUAUUAGAGUGGAAUACUAGGGACAAAUUUGUCCAUGUACUUUCUCAGUAUGCUGAGCUUGGACCACUGGCACAUGAUAUAGUUGAAGUUCCCCAUUCUUAUGGAUUUGCAUUUCUUUUUAGAGUUAGUGAUGUUCUUUUGAUGGAUUUUAGAGAUGCACACAACCCUUUAUGUGUAUACAGAACAAGCCUAAACUUUUUACCCUUGGUGAUAGAUGAGCAUAAUUUUGUAGACGAGUCAUAUAGAACAAAUGAUGUUGAUGAAGAAGGUAACAUCUGCAAUGUUGCUGCAUCUGCUCUUUUAGAGCUAAAAGACAUAAUUAAAGAAGAUGACCCCAUGAAUAUAGAUGAUGAUUCUGGCUAUUCAUCAAAGUCAACAUCCAACCGAGUUAUCUCAUGGACCUGGGAACCAAAUGUAGAAAACCCAAGAAUGAUCUUUUGUGUGGAUACAGGCGAGCUUUUUGUAAUUGAACUCACUUCAGACUCAAAUGGUCAAAAAGUCAAAGUCAACCUCUCUGAUUGUCUCUACAAAGGUUCACCUUUCAAAGAGCUUUUAUGGGUUGAAGGUGACUUUUUAACAGCACUUGCUGAAAUGGGAGAUGGGAUGGUUUUGAAAUUUGAAGAAGGAAAGCUCCACUACAAAAGCCUUGUUCAAAACAUUUCACCAAUCUUGGAUAUGUCACUAGUGGAUUACCAUGAUGAAAAACAUGAACAAAUGUUUGCUUGUUGUGGAAUCACACCUGAAGGAUCUUUAAGGGUAAUCCGGAAUGGAAUCAGUCUAGAAAAACUUUUAAAAACUGCCCCUGUUUAUCAAGGAAUCACAGAUGUUUGUACAUUAGCAUGUGGUGUUAUUGAUGAUGGAGUGUUGGUUCAAAUCCACCGUAAUGCAGUCCACCUAUCUUUACCUACAACCUCUGCUCACCCUGAUGGCAUCCCUUCCACAUCUCCAAAUUUUACAUCUUGGUCCCCUGAUAACAUGAACAUUAGUCUUGGAGCCAUCGGGGGUAAAUUUGUAAUUGUAGCAACUUCAAAUCCAUGUUUUCUAUUCGUUCUUGGAGUCAGACACGUGACACUUCAUCAAUAUGAAGUCUAUCAAAUCCAAAAUGUCAGAUUGGAAUAUGAAUUGUCUUGCAUUUCCAUUCCUCAAAAGCCAAUUGAAAUUGGAAUUGGAAAUGGGAAUGGGAAUACGUUUGUUAUAGGGACACACAGGCCUUCUGUAGAGGUUCUAUCUUUUAAACCUGAUGAAGGUAUAAAAGCUGUUGCAAUUGGAUCAAUUUCAUUGGUGAACAGCAUUGGGACAACUAUAAGUGGCUCUGUACCACAAGAUGUGCGCAUUGUACAAGUUGAUAGAGUUUAUAUACUUUCAGGGCUUAGAAAUGGCAUGCUACUUAGGUUUGAGUGGCCUUCUGUCUCCACAAACUCACCUAUGCGUUCUUCAAUGAUGACAAAAGACGAAUAUACCCCUGUUUGUCUUCAGUUGAUUUCAAUCCGACGUAUUGGAAUCACACCUGCUUUCUUAGUUCCACUGAAUGAUCUCCCUGAUGCUGACAUCAUCGCCCUCAGUGACAGACCUUGGUUAUUACAAACUGCAAGACACAGCCUUUCAUACACUUCCAUCUCCUUCCAAGCUUCCACACAUGCAACUCCUGUAUGUUCAAGUGAAUGCCCUAAUGGGAUCUUAUUCGUCUCAGACAACAGUCUCCAUUUGUUGGAAAUGGUGCAUAGCAAGAGGCUGAAUGUGCAGAAGUUUCACCUUGGAGGGACACCAAGGAAGGUUUUAUAUCAUUCUGAAAGCAAAUUGUUGUUGGUUUUGAGGACAGAUUUGAGUGAUGAUUCGUGUUCAUCUGAUAUCUGUUGUGUGGACCCGUUGAGUGGUUUGAUUUCAUCAUCUUUUAAACUUGAGCCUGGAGAAACAGGGAAGUGUAUGGAGUUGUUAAAAGCUGGAAGUGAACAGGUAUUGGUGGUGGGCACUAGUCUCUCCACUGGCCCUGCCAUAAUGCCAACUGGUGAAGCCGAAAGUACAAAAGGCAGAUUGAUAGUCCUGUGCCUUGAACACAAACAAAACUCAGACAGUGGAUCAAUGACAUUUUAUUCAAAAAGAAGUUCCCCUUUUUGUGACUAUGGAGAACUUUCAAGCAGUAGCCUUUGCAGCAGCCCUGAUGAUAUUGAUAAUAAUAGUUGUGAUGGAAAUGGAAUCAAAUUAGAAGAAACCGAAGCAUGGAAUUUAAGAUUAGCUUAUGCAACCAAUAUGCGUGGCAUUGUUCUUGCUUUAUGCCCUUAUCUUGAUUGCUAUUUCUUAGCCUCUGCUGGUAGUUCUUUUUAUGUAUGCAGCUUUCAGAAUGAUAGCAGUUUAAGGGUGAAAAGAUUGGCUGGUGGAAAGACACGGUUUAUGAUCAUGACUUUGACCACUCAUUUUACUACCAUUGCUGUUGGUGAUUGUCGUGAUGGCAUUCUUUUCUAUGCUUAUUAUGAGGAUGCCAAGAAGGUGGAACAAUUAUACAGUGAUCCUGUCCAGAGAUUGGUUGCUGAUUGCCUUCUUAUGAAUAUUGAUACAGCUGUUGUUUCAGAUCGUAAGGGCAGUAUUGCUGUCUUAUCAUGUUCCCAUCAUUCUAGUGAAAAUGCAAGUCCUGAAUGUAACUUGAAGGUUUGUUCUUCCUUCUAUAUGGGUGAGGUCGCAAUGAGCAUCCGAAAGGGUUCAUUUUCAUACAAACUUUUGGCGGAUGAUGAAAUGAGGGGGGAUUGCAAUAUUGCAAGUUCAAUUAUGGAUUCAUCUUCACAUAGUAGUAUUGUCGCAAGCACUUUGUUAGGAAGCAUAAUUAUCUUUGUUCCUAUAUCAAGGGAGGAAUAUGAGCUUCUAGAAGAAGUACAAUCGAGAAUCGCAGUUCAUGCAUUGACGGCUCCUAUCCUGGGUAACAAUCAUAACGAGUAUCGCAGCCGUCAAAGCCCGGCGGGUGUAGCAAAGAUUCUGGAUGGUGACAUGCUGUCACAGUUUUUAGAGCUUACAAACACCCAACAAGAAGAUGUUCUAGCAGCAUUACCUCCAUCCCCUACUCAUAAUAAUAUUUUCACAAAGCCCCCGCUAUUUUCAACAAGUAUUAAUGUUAAUAAAGUUGUUCGACUUCUUGAACGCGUUCACAAUGCUCUAAAUUGAUUUCAAGUUGAACAACUGCCAAGUAGAUAAAAUUUCCCCUUUUUUUCUUUUGGGAUUUAUAUUUCUUUUUUUAUUUAUUUAUUUCCCUGGUAUAUGAGGAGGAAUCUCGACUACUUUAUGCUUACUUGGUUAGCUUUUGUUGUAUAGAAUGAGAGCUAGAAGAUCAUUAUAUGUAGUUUUUUUUUUUUGAGGCCAAAGAUUCUGUAUUUCUAGAUUUAUAUUUAUAUGUAAAUACAGACACAGUGGGAUUCAAUUUUCAACUCCUAUUUUCAAUUUUCCACAUGGGUAUCAGACAGGUUUGUAAUUGUAUGUCGAUAUUACAAAUAAAAUUAAAACAUA